AUGUUUAGGUCGCGUAUCAACCUCAUUUUUAUCUCGUUUCAUAAACUCCCCAAUCAGUUCCAUACUACAUCCAACAAAGUGAGAAGCUUGGCGAAAAUCCCCGUUAGUCCAGUAACAUAUCAAGUUUUUUUAGGUGGACUUUCUUGUGGAAUUUUUGCAAUUGCUUGGAUUUCAAAGUCUAAGAAGCCGCGUAUCAUUACACUAGAGGAACUUGCUCAGCAUAACUGUAAGGAACGUGGAGUUUGGGUUUCUCUUAAAGGUAAAGUGUACGAUGUUACGAGUUUUGUUGACGAUCAUCCUGGGGGUGACAAAAUUCUUUUGGCCGCUGGGUCUGACGUCUCUUCAUUUUGGUCCGUUUAUGCAUUUCACUACCAGAGUCAUGUUUUGAAAAUACUAGAGAAGUACUAUAUUGGAGAACUUGACAAAUCGGACUUUGUCGAGGAAGAAGACAAUGAAGAUAUAUAUAGUUCUGAUCCUCAGAGAAAUCCAGAUUUGAAAGUGGUUUCGCAACGUCCUUUUAAUGCGGAAACUCCUCUUUCAUCAAUAUGUAGCAACCCAAUAACUCCUACUGAUUUAUUUUUUGUAAGAAACCACCUUCCUGUUCCUGAUGUUGAUCCUGAAACAUAUAGACUUGAAAUAGCUUCUUCGGUUAUAAAAGUUAACAAUCAAUCACUGAAUUUGUCUUUAAAAUUAGAAGAUAUUCUAAAGAAUUAUCCUCGUAAAAGUUUAGUAUCCACCAUUGUUUGCGCUGGGAACCGACGAUCAGAUAUGAUCAAGUAUGAUAUAAAAAAGGCUGAAUUAGAAGAACAUAGUCCUUAUGUGAAAGGCUUAUCGUGGUCUGAGGGAGCGAUUUCUACGGCAGAGUGGACUGGUGUACUGUUAGUGGACUUAUUGGCUUAUCAUCUGUUACCUUCAAACCAAAGAACAAACUAUCAAGCACUCUACGAAUUACUUAAAAAUGCAGGUGUACGUCACAUUCGAUUUGAUGGACUGGAUAUAGAUCCUACUGGUGGAGCUUUUGGUUCAUCGCUACCAAUUGAUUUAGCUUUAGAUCCUCAGAGGGAGGUAAUCAUUGCUUUUAAAAUGAACAAUAAGCCAUUAACUCGGGAUCAUGGUUUCCCAUUGAGAAUUAUCAUACCUGGUUCUAUUGGAGCUCGUCAAGUUAAAUGGCUAGGUCAAAUUACAUUAUCAACGGACGAAAGUGAAAGCUUUUGGCAGCAGGGUGAUUAUAAAUAUGUUCUACCGAUGAGUGAUGGUAAAGUCCCAGAUCUGAAGGGCUUACCGGCUAUUUUUGAUUAUCCUGUUCAGUCAGUUAUUUGUAAACCUUCUGAUGGCCAAACCCUCAAAAACACUGGGAGUGUAAUUUUGUCAGGCUAUGCAUUCAGCGGAGGUGGGCGUGGGAUCAUUUCCGUUCGCAUUUCUUCGGAUGGUGGCAGGUCUUGGUACCAAGCGAAAUUGUCACCAGCCAGUCCUCCUGCAGCAGAAGGUGAUGUAACAGACAUAGACAAUCCUCAUUCUUUAAAAAACCGGAGCGUGAAACAAUGGGCGUGGACAAUAUGGACUGUGGAGGUUCCUAUUCCAAAAGAUAUUCGUGAAGCAGAGUUUGUGUGUUCGGCUGUUGAUAGCUCUUACAACACCCAACCGGAAUUCUGCUCAGCUACUUUAAACAUUCGCGGCUUAUUGUCAAACUGUUGGCACCGAAUUAAUGUUAAAUUCGACGCUUCAAGCUGA